UUAUCAAAUAUACAUGUGCGACAAACACAGUAACAUGGAAUACAUUUCUAAAAUAUUGCAUAUAAUUAUUAUUUAUUUGCAUAUAUUUCACCUCCGAGGGAUUAAAGCUGUGGUUUGUAGAAGGCAAAUGACGGACAUAGUUUUCAUGCUUGACUCUUCCUAUAGUAUGCAUCCACCUCAAUUUCAACAACAACUGAAAUUUGUGGCGAACGUUGUAGACCAUUUUGAAAUUAGUGAAAACGAGGUUCAAGUAGGAAUUUUGACAUUUACGCAUAUGGUUCAUGCAAAUUUCCAUUUAAAUUCUUUUCUGAACAAAAAGAAAUUAAAGGAGGCUAUAUUAGAAAUUCCUUAUGUCGGAGGGGGUACAAAUACGGGGGAAGCCUUGUAUUAUGGGCGCACUAAGAUGUUUUCGAAAAAGUUUGGAAGUAGAGAACUCGCUGAAAAACUAAUUGUCGUUAUAACAGAUGGAAUUUCAGAAAAUCAAACAAAAACCGAUUCCGAAGCCAGAUUGGCAAAGUUAUCUGGUAUACAUAUCAUAGCUAUUGGUGUUGGAAACGAACCAGCAGACAGAGAACUGCAACUGAUAGCCACUGACGAAUCAGUAUUCAAGGUUGAUAAUUUCGACGCACUAGAUACUAUUGUUGAAUCAUUAAGUCAACAUACUUGUAGUGAUGAGUCACCCCCUGUACAGAAUGAUCAAGCCGAAACGUUCGACGAAUGCAGAAAGCGACCAGUUGACCUAUUUUUCAUUUUAGACAAUUCAAACAGCAUCUGGUCAGAAAAUUUCAAAAAAGUUUUAAAUUUUAUUACUGAAGUAGUUUCUCACUUCGAUCCAACUUUUACAAGGAUCGGUGUUAUUUCAUACAGCGAUGAUGUUCAUUUAAUGUUGCCUCUUGACAACCAAUUGAAUCGUACAGAAAUUACAAAGAAGAUUAUGGGGUUAAAUCAGCUAACCGGGGGAACUGAAACUGCAAAGGCACUUCGAUAUCUUACUUCAUAUGGGUUUUUGGAAAGUCAGGAAAGACCCGAAGCGGCUAGAGUAGCGCUUAUUUUUACAGACGGAAAAUCAAAGAAACCUGGCGAAACAAAAUUUGCAGCUACAGAGGCCAAAAAACAAGGGAUUCAUAUCCUGUCAGUAGGAAUUGAAGAACAAUCCGAUUUUGAAGAACUGAAAGAAAUAGCCAGUGAACCAAAAAACAAAUUUAUGUUCCAUGUCAAAGAUUAUAAUGCUCUUGCUACUAUAAAAGAAAGACUUGUAAUGAAUACAUGUCAAGUCCAAGCUGACUGGAGGCUACAGACAGACAAAUACAUUUGUUCAUUUCCGGGAUCCACAGACGUAACAUUUAUUUACGAUUCUAGCGCAGUUGGGCUGUACAGAUCGAAAAUAAUUCGUAAAAGCAUCAGUGGAGUAGUUAAAAUAGUGGAUUUCAACAAAAAUAAUGUAAAAAUUGGUGUUUUGUCGAAAACCUGUUCAAAACAAAAUAAUAUACUAUUCUCUGAUUACAAACUAAAAUCAGAAUUAAUAAAUUUGUUGAACGCAAAAACUUCUGAUGGGUUAAGUCAUCUUUUAAGGAAGUACAGAAUAAAAUACCAGAAAUCACAUCAUAAAACUAGUUCUCAUAGGUCCAUUGCCAUUAUAUUUGUUGAUGACAGUUUAAAUUUUAUUGGAACUGCAUCCAAGGAAGCAGAGCGCACUGCUUUUAAAAGUGACGUUUAUGUGAUGUCAAUUGGUGAAUACAUAAGCAAAGAAGAAGCCGAAAAACUCUGCACAUCUAGUCAAUGUUUGUUCCAUUCGGAAAGCUAUAACGAUUUGCCUUAUACAGUAUUGGACAUGUUCAAAACUAUUUGUUAAUAAGUAUUGUGAUUUGUUAAUAUUCCAUUUUUAUACAUGAAUAUACUUUUUGAUUGUGAGGGUCAACAACCCAUAUUCUUUACCAAAACAGCAUUUAGAUUUAAUUUAUGUUGAAUUAAAGAAUGAUUUAGAGUUAAAAUUGUAAUAGAAAACCAUUAUAUUUUGUAUAGUUUAAUAUUUAUAUGAUUUUUUAAAUGUUUUGUUUUAAUAAAAAAUAUAUUGAAUUUG